AUGGGUCGUGGCUUUAGUUUUCGACUCUUGUAUCGAGUCGUUUUAUUUUCCUUCUGUCUGAUUUUCGUCUGUUUUUAUCAUGGCGGUGGUUCAGAGCAUGACAGGCGAGAAGAUAAAACAGAACCGAACAAAUUAAAAAAUGAAUUCAAAGGUAAACCCUUGAAUGUUGACGUUUUUCUCGAACAAGACGAACGCGUCUCUAACUUGACAAAAAAUGCGAGACAAAUUGAUCGCCGCAAGGCGCGGAAGAAGACUGAUCUUUCAAAGAUGGUUAGAAAAGGCAAAUUUUGAAAAUGUGAGAAUGUUAGCACUUCAGAAAGAGUAAUUGUUAACCAUAAUUUCGUUUUUAGGAACUGCGAUGAAAACACUCCAAAGCGAAAGAAUACAAAAGAGCCCAGUACUGCCUUUUUCAACUUCAUCGCCGUCUGAGAUAAACGUUAAACGAAAAGAAUCGACAACCAUCUCCCACUCAAGUGAGACAGAAUGGCAAAACAUUGGCAGUAAAAAUAUAUCUUCAUUGGAAAAUCAAUUUUUCCACCAGAAUGGCUUGAGGGAAACAGCCAAAAGGAAAACGUUCGCUUCACUCACAACUCAACGUCUCCGGAACAGACGUGAAAUUGAUUCGAAAUCUGAGUAUACCCAGGAAGAUCUAUUAAUGUGCAACGAUUUAAUCAUCCGAAAAUACGAUGAUGAUUACAAAGUUCGGACUGACUUUUUAAUACUCUACAAGAACAUGGUGUACGAUUAUACAGAGUAUCGAGUUCCGAAUGAUAGCAUAAAGAUUUGUAACUCCUGCACUGAUAACUACGUCAGGAAUAUUUGGAAAGUACGCAAUAAAUGGGUAAAGGCACAAGUGCAUCGAAAAAGUUGCAAAAAUUUUCCACUUUAUAUCCGCCAAAAAUAG